AUGCGCGUUGCAGGCUCGCCCGGAAGUCAAUGUCUAGCUGCUGAGCGUGGACCCGCGGAGAUGAACCCUUUAACUAAAGUGAAGCUGAUCAACGAGCUGAAUGAGCGUGAGGUCCAGCUUGGGGUGGCAGAUAAGGUGUCCUGGCACUCCGAGUACAAGGACAGCGCCUGGAUCUUCCUGGGAGGACUUCCUUAUGAACUGACUGAAGGGGACAUCAUUUGUGUGUUCUCACAAUAUGGGGAGAUUGUUAACAUUAAUCUGGUGCGGGACAAGAAGACUGGGAAAUCCAAAGGAUUCUGUUUCCUCUGCUAUGAAGACCAGAGGAGCACAGUUCUUGCUGUUGACAAUUUUAAUGGGAUCAAGAUCAAAGGAAGAACUAUCCGAGUGGAUCAUGUGUCUAACUAUCGGGCUCCUAAGGACUCAGAAGAAAUGGAUGAUAUGACCAAAGAACUCCAGGAGAAGGGCUGUGGGGCUUUUACCCCCUCAGAGAGUUCAUCUGAGGGUUCUGAAGAUGACAAACCCACAAAAAAACACAAAAAAGACAAAAAGGAAAAAAAGAGAAGAAAGAAAGACAAAGAGAAGACUGACCGGGAGGUACAGGCAGAGCAGCCAGCCUCCUCUUCAUCACCCAGAAGCAAGGCGAUAAAGGAAAAGGAUGACCCUGGCUCUAAAAAGCACAGCAGCAAGAACUCAGAGAGGGGUCAGAAGUCAGAGUCCAGAGAGGUGCGGAGGCACUAUCCCAGCUCUCCUGAGGUCAGGACCAUCUGCCGCAGUGGAGCAGAAGACAGAGAGAGGGAGCCGAAGAAGGAGAAGGCUAAGCAUGAACAUAGGUCCUCAACCAGGAGGGAAGAAAGAGAAGAAAAGAACAGGGAUAGAGAUAGAUGUCGAAGCUCAGACACACAUUCCGGCCGGCACAAUGGACGUUCUGAGGGACAUAGUCAGAGAAGUAGAAGUAGGAGCCGAGAUAAAUCCCACAGGCAUAAAAGGGCCCGACACUCCCGGGACCGGGAGUCCUCUAACCCCAGUGACCGCAGGCAUCACUGA